UCGACGAGACCAAACAUGAGCAUUCAAUUCACCAUCGAGAGACUUCCUGACAAAGCGAAUAACUUUGCGGAGCCUCCCGUCAACCAAAGUCGGUUCAUUUUGACUUCUUGCUCGCAAAAAUGUCCCUUAACUCGUGAACAAUGCGAAAAAUUCAGCAAUACUGUGUUACCGGCGAGGCAUGAAAAAUACUUGGAGGAGAUAAAAAAUUUAGAAAUUUAUGAAGACGACACUUGGGUGAUUUCGUAUCCGAAAUGCGGAACAACAUGGACUCAGGAAACGGUUUGGCAAAUUUCGAAUGACGUCGAUUUGGAUUCGGAACAAGCUAAAAAGUCGUUGAGGACGAGAUUUCCCUUCAUAGAAGCUUCAUCUUUAAUGGCUGAAAAUCCAGAAAUGAAAAGUCGAGUUCAACAAGUCAAAGAAAUGCCUCGUCCUCGUUUCGUAAAGUCCCAUUUGCCGAUUUGUUUCUUGCCGGAUGAUUUAUGGAAAAAAGCUAAAAAAAUUAUUUACGUCGCUCGUGAUCCAAAAGACGCUGCGGUUUCUUAUUUUCAUCAUUAUUUCAACUUGCACGAGUAUCAAGGCACCAUCGAGGAGUAUCUUGACUUGUAUUUGGAAGGAAAUGUUGAAUUCGGCGAUUAUUGGGAUCACGUUGAACAAUUUCAUCUCAUUCGACAUUUGCCUAAUUUUAAAUUCAUCAAGUUUGAAGAUCUCAAACACAAUUUGAGAGCAACUCUUGUGGAUUUAGCGAAUUUUUUGGGCAAAUCUUUGUCUGAAGAGCAAUUGGAGAAGUUGGAACAACAUUUGCAAUUUGAAAAUAUCAAAAACAAUCCAGCAGUUAAUUAUAGUUUGCAACCGCCGCCUGAGGGACAUGUCGAUGAUGAUCAAAAUAAACGUCGAAAGGAAUUUAAUUUUAUCAGAAGAGGUCAAACUGGAUCACAUCGCGAUGAAAUGCCACAAGAAAUUAUCGAACGGUUUGAUAAGAAGACCAAAGAACGAUUUGGAGGUUAUGAGAAUUUGUAUUAAAUUUACUUUCAUAAGAUAAAUUUAUUGGGAAAUGUCUAAAAAAUAAAA